UAAUCCUUUCCUACAUGUAUUUCUAAUCUGAUGCAUAAAUUCUUCGAUAUUUUCAACAGUUUAAUCGUGUUGCUCGAACUGUAUGGAUGUUAUGAUACAUUCUAGUGAAGGAAACCUAACCUAACAGAGUAAGACUUGAAAUUUGUCAAGAUCGGUGAAACUUUGGAGGUGAUAAGUGGGGUUUCAGGAUAACAUGUUAACUUUUGCGUUUCGUUCUAAUCAAAAAUCGAAAUGGUGUCUUGAAGGACAUUUUUAAAUGUUGAAACGCUGAAGCAACUAAAUCGUAUAUGAAUGCUUAUUCAUAGUUAGAGAUAUAGUUAACCUAAACAAGAUGGACAAGAUCAAGCAGUCUUGGAAGGAAAUGGGUAUCAUAGAUCCUAAAGAACGAUUGAGAUCUCUUGGAGAGCAUGCCUCGAAGGUGGAAAUCGAUCCAAAUAUUCCAGCCAGAAGAUAUUAUCGCUCUGGAGUAGAAAUGGUCAGGCUAGCAGAUAUGAAUAUGAAGGAUGGGAGUUAUGAGAAUGCUUACGUACUGUACAUAAAGUUUACAACACUUUUUUUGGAUAAAAUGAAGGCUCAUCCACAAUUUAAUAGUAUACCUGCCAAGGAUAAGGCAAUGAACAUGCAUGAUCUACGAACUGCUCUUUCCAAAGCUGAAAAACUAAAGAAACAAUUGCUGGAACAAUAUCAGGCUGAAUUAGAUAAGUAUUUGGAAGAUUUAAAGGAAAGAGAGAGGAUUGAAAAGGAGCGUUUAAGACAAGAGGAGCUUCAAAGGCAAAAAGAAGACGAAGAUAGAAGGAAUAAAAUGGCUGCUUUAGCAGCUGUUAGAGCAGCGAAGGCUGCUCAAAUCAGUACAAGUGUUGUAAUACCAGAAGAAGUAAAGAGUGAGCAAUUACCUUCUGUUACCUCCAAGACUGUGAUAAGUCCUUCAAAUGAUAAUAAGAUAUCUAAACCAUCCGGGAACAUAAUAACACCAAAAGUAGAUCGUUCUACGAAACCUUCCUUAUUAACAAGUGAUGCAUUAUCUUUGCGCGACAUUAUUCUGCCGACUAAACUGAUGAACAACUUUCUCAUGCUUUCUUACGACAACACAAUAAACAAUAAAGAAACCUGUGGUAUUUUGGCUGGCAGAUUGGAGCGAAACAAAUUGCUAGUAACGCAUCUGCUGAUUCCAGAACAAACUGGUACUCCAGACUCCUGUACCACGCACAAUGAAGAAAAUAUCUUUGAUUAUCAGGACCAGCACAACCUUAUUACGCUCGGAUGGAUUCAUACUCAUCCUACGCAGACUGCAUUCUUAUCGAGCGUGGAUCUGCACACGCAUUGUGCCUAUCAGCUUAUGAUGGCCGAAGCGAUAGCGAUAGUUUGUGCACCUAAAUAUGACGAAACGGGAUUCUUUGUUCUGACAUCAGAUUACGGUUUGGAUUUCAUUGCAGACUGUAGAGAAACAGGAUUUCACCCUCAUCCUACUGAACCACCGUUAUACACGAGUGCGAAACAUUGCAAAUUAGAUGCAACUGCAUUCAUCGAAAUCGUGGAUUUGCGAAAAAAAUGAUACAUUUCGGACGCGGGAUAAUUAUUUUACGGAAAAAGUUUGAUACGACAUUAUUUAUAAUAACGUUAUAAUAUAUUUUUUAUUUGUGUUAUAUUUUUAUAACGAUUUAAUUCUGAGAUUACAAAACUUAGAAUAAAACGGUGAGUCGUAUAUUGUGCAAGUAAUGCAUAAUUGUAACAGCAAAAAUUUACAAAUCAACAAUCACGCUGAAAAUAUUACAAAUUAGAUUAAUAGCAUUUAAAAACCAUACACACAUAUGUGUUGUUACAUUUAAAAAAUUUGCAACUAAAGAUUUAUACUACAUUUAAGUACUUCUCUAGAUAAGGCAAAUGUUUUCAUUAAAAGAGCAGUUGUGAAUUAUUAUCCUAGAAAUUUAUAGUAUUAUAGUUUUCUGCAUAAAAAUUGCUUGUAUAAAGUUUACCGUGCCUUUAAAAGGAAAAUAAUGGUGUUCAUAGUGUUACACGCUAAUUACAUAGUCGUAACAUGGAAUUAUAAUUAAUUAUUUAAUAUAUAAAGAUAGAGUUAUCAAAUGCAUCAAGCUUAAUAUUAAAAUAAAAACUGUACUACAUGUAAAACUAUAUGUACUAUAUAAAAGUUGAUUCUUAUUGCGUUAAUUUAUCAAAUUCCAAUUACAUUAUUAUUAACAAUUAAUAUUGUUAAAUAAGUUAUAUUAAGUUGUACUAUGUUGCAUUAUGUUUUAUUAAGUAUGCACAAAUGUACAUUAUGUUACAUGUAAUAUGUUGUACAUUUAUAUGCCUAAUUUAUAUGUAUAUAUUUGAAACAAACUUACUAUAUACAGUACAUAUACACAUAUUUUACAGUAAAAACUAUAUAAGAUGUCUAUGACGAAAUAUAGGGAUCAAUGAUAAAGAUUAUAUUGAUUGAAUCAGCAUAAAAUUGUCAAAAUAUUAUGUAUUUACGCUCUAGUCAUAACAUAGCUAGCUUGCUAGUCAAAGAAUAAUAAUAAGAUAA